GUCCCAGGUGAUGGGGGAGAUAAAGAUCGCUCUGAAGAAGGAGGUAAAGACGGAUGGUGAGCAGCUGGUCCUCGAGAUUCUUCAAUGUCGCAAUAUCACCUACAAAUUCAAGUCUCCGGACCACCUGCCUGAUCUGUAUGUGAAGCUCUACGUGGUGAACAUCGCCACUCAGAAGAGGAUCAUCAAGAAGAAGACCAGAGUGUGUCGCCAUGACCGGGAGCCAUCUUUUAACGAAACCUUCCGCUUCUGUAUGAACCCGGCCGGACACUCGCUACAGCUGUUCCUGGUGUCCAAUGGGGGCAAGUUUAUGAAGAAGACCCUGAUUGGGGAGGCCUACGUGUGGCUGGACAAAGCGGACCUACGCAAGCGAGUGGUGAGCUGGCACAAGCUCCUCGCCAGCACCGCCCAAAUCCACUCAUAGACAGAAACUCCACCUAAAAAACUCUCAUUUGGGGACGCUUAGGUUCAACAUCUGUCACACUGAUCCACUCCGACUGGAUGGGUAAAGGGUGGUUUGGGCUUGGGAAUAUUUUGUUCAGGGCUCUGAGAUUUGGAAGAUGCUUUUGUUCAUAAGGGCACCUCUGAUGAUCGUUUCUGUCCUGCAGGAGGGUUGGGGGGAGUAGUGAUGCAUUAAAGUUUACAGGAAGUACAGUGUACAGUAGUGAAGCCAGGGCUGAGGAGAACACAGGUGCUGAGGUCAGAGGUCAAGCACGGAAUCAACCAGGUAUUACACUCUUUAAUUCACUACACACACACACACACACACAAUUAUUCACGACAAGUUUGCACACUCAUUCACGCAGAAGAGACAUUGUAAUUCUACAGGGAAUGGACACACUUCAGAUUUAUUUAUGUAGAUGUUUUAUCCAUUCCUUCAUUGCUUUAUUAUGAGAGUUUUAUUGAUUUACAAAGCAUUUUGGGAAUGAAAUAGUGAAGACUCUGCUGCGGAGACCUCGUAUUUAUUUUUGUAUUAGGAUAUUAGUGUAGAGUUCUAUCAUUUGUCUUCUUCUCAAUUAUUUAAAAAAGAAUCUAUCCUGGGAAAGAAGCAUAAUAUAUUUUAUAACACACACUACCUAGCAUUCCAGUCCAAGAGAAAAAAUAAAUCUCAGAAAGCAUGAAUUUAUUAUCUCCUUGUUCACUUUGCACCCCAUCUUUUCUCUCCCUACAGUAAGUGUAAACACAGUGGUAUCAAAUGAUGUAUAUUGUUUGAUGAUGAUUAAUAUGGAUAUAUAAUUGGAUACUAUAUAUUGUGCGCAUGAGUCUAUCUAUCUGGUAUGCAUUGCCACAUGUUCUGCACAAAAAACAAUCACCUCUAAGGUUCACUCUGUACAUAGUGAAGUGUCAUAGCUGGAAAUGAAUUAUAACAUAAUAGAUAGAUAUAUAGAUAUCUUUAUCAAAGACAAUGGAGUCUUGAUGAUUGUGACAUAGAGCUUUUAUUUACCCAUGAUGCCCCUUAGAAUGUGAGAUGUUUACCAUAUGAGAUUUUAUUCUUUUUCUUUGUGAGAUCCAGGCACAUUACGAGUCUUAUAUUCGCCCUGCUUUCAUUCAUAGGAGCAAUCAACCUAACAACGCGCGCUUUUGUGGUAUUUUGCACUUUUUUCUGCUUAGAAUGUAAAACCGAUGUCAUCGUCCUGCUAAACAUUUGAGAUGAUUUACCUUACAAGGGCGGGAAGUAGAGAGGUAAAGUAAAGCGAUGAAAAUAUCUGGAGAUAUUGUAGCGAACAAAAGACAAAUGUGCCGGGAACCAUCCACGAAAAAGCACUAUUACCAUUCUAAGAUACGUCAAUGCUAUCGUUGUAGCAUGUUGAUGUUUUGUCCCAGUUUUUGUCAUAUACGUGUUGUCUUGUUAUUGCCACUUCCACAAAUUGUCAAUGUUGUGUCUUUAAAAGUCCAUUAUGUCUUAGUAAAUGUCCUACCAUGUGCUAUUUAGGGGGGAAAGAGGUAGGCUUCAUUUAGCAUUUUCAGUCCAAAUUAGCAGUAAAAGUUGAUAUAUGAGUCAUAUGCAACAUCUUCUGAAUAAAGGUGGUAACUGCAUCAUGACUCAGCAGGUAGUUGAAAAAAGAGGAAGCUUUUAUCUUGAUUUUUCUUUCGCACUGUGUUUUCAUGCCCUCCAUGAAACGCUUAAUCCUUUAAUAUCAUUUCUAUACAAAUCUUUUAUUUAUUGACUGUGAGACUAUUUUAUAUGUUGUAUUAUAUUUGUUUACAGUUCAUAUCAGGUGUACAUAAAAGACAAGUUGGGAAAUUUGUUUUUAUACAUACCGUAUUGUUGUUUACAAGGUUCAGAGGGCCUGGUACUCAGAGAACUAACUUUGUUGUCCUUAACACACAUACGGACAUUAACAUGCACACAUCCUGAAUUUCACAGCCGGGAAUCAAGAUAAGAAAAGAUAACAUACCCAUUUAAACAAUGCACUUUUUUUCAUGUUCUCCCCCUUUUGAAUAGUUCAUUUUAAGCACUUGAAUAACUGAAAUGUUUUAAGGUCAGUGUGUGGUUUUCUUAUUUUCAUACCUGUGUUUUUGUGUAAAGCAUCUCCAGACCAGUCCAUGCAUGUCAUAGGCCAAAUUGCAUAUAUCUUCUUUUAAGUGUUGUCUGUCUAAAAAUAUCAACUUUUAAAAUUUCUCGAAAAAGAUGAACACACACACACACACACACACACUACGGACGCACACACACACAUGCUAUCUCUCUAUUUCCAACCUUGUAAAUACAAAGCUUUUUUAUACUGGGGUUUGGGGAGCAAUAGGUCUUUUAGCAGACUGAAAAAAGGUGUGUAAUCAUAGAAGUAAAAGGAAGUUGUUUUUUUCUCUUGAUCAAUGUACAGCGGAUAGACUGAGAAACAACAUUAUAUCUGUUUAUAGGGACAGAUUUACCCGACCCUUAACACCAAACACUUAAGGUUUACCAGAGUCUAACUACACAGAAGUCUAUCUUAACUCGAGCAGUUGCAGGAGAAUUUAAAUGUGCUCACACUGGAUGUUGCAUGUUUCGUUGGUGGUUCAUACUAUUUUUGUGUCCAGAUAUUAUUAAAGAAAAAAAAAGAAUGAGGUAGUGAAAGAUAUAGAACAAAACUGUCGUAGAGAAGGAAAUUAUGAAGAAAAACCUAUUAAGAUUAUCGAUGAUGUAUGCUGACUGUACAAAGAUUAUGCUUGUAAAACCCGUCUGGUUUUUCACUUGUAAGUAAACAGAAAAAAAAAUCUACUGUCAUGGUUUUGUGAUUGUAUACAGGAGGUAUUGAUAAAUUAUGCAAAUUGUGCUGUAAAAAUGGCUGUUGCCCCAUGUCUAAAUAUUAAAUAUCAGUACAAAG